AUGCCAACCAAGAGGAGCGCCACAUCUCAGGACGAGGAUGAUGACCUCGAGCCUGUCGAAGAUUUGACACAGCCGCUGGCUCUGCAUUCCAAGCGCACCGAACGCCGGCGAAGGAAACAGGAGAAGCGUGCAACUUCAGCAUCGUCGGCCGCCAAUCAACUAAGAGGAUUUCUCGACCUUCCUCUUGAGCUGAUGAUGGCCAUUUUGGAUUUACUCCGUCCCAGCGAUAUUUUUGUCCUGUCCCGAGUGAAUCAUGAGCUCCGCAACUUCCUGCUCGCAAAUGAAAUGAUCAUCACCCGCCGCAUUAUCGAUUUCCGUUACCCAGUUCUCGAACGAUGCCUUAUACCCCCGGUCCUUAUGGAAAACAUCGACCCGGCCAUACAGCUGCUGCUCAAGAGCCCCGACCGUCCGGAUCUUGCAUUAUCGCACCGGACAAGCCCUCACAACAUCCCAUCCCCGGACAACACGCUCCAUUGCACAUGUCUGACCUGUAUGGUACGCUGGAAUGCGCUCUGUGCCGCCGUCGACUUCGCCCACUGGCAAGACCAUCUCGACAAGGGCAUACCCAUUCCGACGGUUCCCCGCGGCACAGUUCCCCCGUGGAACGGCGAACUCCUUGCGAGGAAUCGCCGCGUAGUCCUCAAAGCCCUGACCAGCUCCCUGUGGUACGCCAGGAUCCUACAGGCGCACCUCGACUCUACCACCAGGUCGAUUCGCCGUCACAGCCAUAACAAAGCCGACCAGCGCCCUCAUUUUUACAUGACCGACACGGACAUGAGGGCGAGCACGGACGCUUUUUUGCAGCGAGAAGGUCCGCCUACCUUCGACUAUCCUUACUCUCGAGAGCUGUAUUACAUGCUCGAAGCUUUCCUGCCGGGAAGGAGUUGGAUUGCCGCAUCCCAGAAGUGGGUCUACAUCAAGCAAACGCAGGAGUGGCAUGAAAUGGACCUCGGGAUGCUGGCCAAUAUGGACCAGUUGAGGCGGCAGGUGCGCCAGGACCCCGUCGUUCAAUCAUCUGUUCAACCAUCCGACGGUCAGGAGGCCAGAACCCGCAGCAUUUGGGAAAAGUACGAUGUCCCUAAGUGUCCCGUGGUCGAGGUAACGGAACUCUGGGUCGAGGAGGAUGACAGGGAGUCCACCGCUGUCUUGGAGACGAAGACUGUCAACUCACUGGAUGUGGACAGUUGGUUUGAGGAACCACCGCGCCGAUAUUUCCCGGGCGGCGCUUACACGCGAGCGGUUCGCCUUGUUUGGGUGGGCGAGGAGCGCAAGAAUGGGCGCGCGAGCCCAUCGACCGGCACACUAGAGAAGUUGUCGGAAGAAUGGGGGCUGCAGGAUGCUCUGGACUAUGCUCGAGGUUGUUUUGCCGGAGUCUCAGCAGUCGAGCCAGACGACGACAAGCAGAUUUUCACGGUCGCCUACCAUCCCAAGCUCAUCGGAGCUUGGCUUCACACGGAAGCCAAUUCCCUUGACUCAACACCUCAAACACACGCCAUUAUUUUUGCCGAAGGCGAGGAAAGGGUCGAGCUUUUCCGUAUCCUGGAUUCGAAAUGGGCGGCCUCCAGCGUGAAGCACCCGAUGUUUCCCGCCCUGCUCUGCAGUCUGGUGCUUGCGCAUGGACUCGAUAGCACGCUUGAGGAUAUCAAAGCGGCCGUUAGGGAAGUGGAGGCGCGUACCGGACAUCACCGCUUUGCGUCACGGCGCCAGACACAGCCGGCUGCUGGCGAACUCGGCAGUCUUUCGGCACAGAUGAGCGGAUGUGCCGCCAAGCUGGCUAACGGGACACGCAAGAUGAAGGUUGUUGAGGCCGUCAACGACUUCAUCUCCCAACACAAUCGUCGGAGACCGCCGGAUGCCCAAGAACAGGGAGCCAGUUCCCUCACCCACCCUAGAAAUGGAUUUUCGGCAUCUCACCUUGGCCUCCUCCGGCACCGCGUCCAAAUGCAGGCAGUCGAUGCAGCCUACGUGCAGCAACGGGUGCAAAUACAAAUCGCUGCGCUAUUCCACCUUAUUGCCCAGCAGGACAACGCCAUUGCUUUUGAUACCGCCAGCGCAACACGGAGCAUUGCCGCAUCUAGCCAGCAGGACUCGUCGUCGAUGAAGAUGCUCGCCUUGGUUGCCAUGUUCUUCCUCCCCGGGAGCUUUGUUGCCGCCUUGUUCUCUGCGCCUCUAUUUGCUUGGGACGAAGCCUUAACGGCUGGGGGGAUGGCUGUGGGCACACGGCCUCAGUUUGCGCUGUUUUGGGCGGUGACAGCGCCGUUGACUGCUCUCAUUUUUGUUCUCUACGGUUUGUGGAUGUGCGUACAAAGUAGAAAGGAGCGAAAUAAAAACGGGAGCACGUUUGUCUAA